AUGGCCGCCUCAGUUCCUCUCCCGGUUGUACCUAUACCCGAAGAGCAUAAGGAUCUAUUCGCAUCCGUCAAUGCCUUUGUUUACGGUUAUAUGUCCGGUCCUGGUCACGACAACUCACACGACUACCACCACAUCCUACGCGUCCUGUCCAAUGCCCACCGCAUCUUAACCCAGGAACGAAAAAGCAAAUUAGCAAUCUCAUUCAAUCCAUCGGUCGUCUACCUCGCUGCUCUGCUACACGAUGUGGGGGACCAUAAAUACGCCAAACCGGGCGAAGACGUAGAAAACCAGGUCUCACGGAUCCUGCUCGAGCGCGGCGCGGACGAAGAUCUCGCCACGAAGGUUCAGGUCAUUGUGAAGCACGUCGGAUAUACCAAUGAGGUGAAAAAUCCCCAGUCAGUCGUUGAUGUCUUGCAGAGAUAUCCUGAAUUGGCGGUUGUGCAGGAUGCGGACCGUUUGGAUGCUAUUGGUGCUGUGGGCGUAGGGAGGUGCUUUGCGUUUGGAGGCGCGAAAGGGAAGGGGAGACCACUGGCCGGUGCGAUUGAGCAUUUCGAUGAGAAGUUGGUCAAGUUGCCCGAUAUGAUGAAGACAAAGACUGGGAAAGCGAUGGCGGGACAUAGGAAGAGGAUUCUUGAAGAAUUCGCAAACGAGUUCAACACGGAGGCAGAGCUUGCAUUCAAGGUGCAGACUUAA